UCUUUCUCCCUAUGAAAAGUGAAAACCCUAAACUGAUUAAAGCAGUGAGUGAGAGAGAGGAGCCACAACACGGAGAUACAGAGCGCGGAAACCCUAGAAUCUCUAAUCCCUAAUCGGGUCAAGAGCUUCGGAAGCGAUCUCAUAAAAUAAUGUCUCUGGUGGCAAACGAGGAUUUUCAGCACAUUCUGCGUGUGCUGAACACCAAUGUAGAUGGGAAGCAGAACAUAAUGUUCGCUCUUACCUCUAUCAAAGGUAUUGGCAGGCGAUUCGCUAACAUUUGCUGCAAAAAAGCCGAUGUCGACAUGAACAAGAGAGCUGGUGAAUUGACUGCUGCUGAGUUGGAUAAUCUUAUGACUGUGGUUGCCAACCCUAGGCAAUUCAAGAUCCCAGAUUGGUUUUUGAAUAGGAAGAAGGAUUACAAGGAUGGCAAAUAUUCUCAGGUGGUGUCCAAUGCUCUGGAUAUGAAGUUGAGGGAUGAUUUGGAGCGCUUGAAGAAAAUCAGAAAUCACCGUGGUUUGAGGCACUACUGGGGCCUUCGUGUUCGAGGCCAGCACACUAAGACUACUGGUCGCAGGGGUAAAACUGUUGGUGUCUCUAAGAAGCGUUAAGCUGUUAUAUUUUUGCUUUGAGAAUAGAUAUGGUUAGUGAAGCAAAUUUUGAAUUAAGUGAGACAUGGUUCCAUAAAACAUAAAUUUGUAUUGGUUGUUAAGUUUUGUGAUGUUUUCAAUUGUUUUUUUAAUUUGCUUUACCUGGUGUUGAGAUGCAUAUUAGCAUUUGAUGCGGACCAGAAAAAUGGUGAAAUAAUAGGAUAUAUUGUAUUCAACUUCAAUUGUGAAAACCAAAGUACAUCAGAAAAUUAAAUCAAGCAGAGUAUUUAAGAGA